AUGGACAAUGAAAAUACGGAUUGGUUCAAAAAGCUAUGCACUUGUUUCAACAAGUUCCCUAAAAAGAUUAAAAUUGAAAUCAAAAUGGAAAACUCGGAACAAAUAAUAUCAUCCAAAAAGUUUGAUUCUACAUGUUAUGGAAAUAUAAAUCUAAUAUUUCCAUGGAGUUUGGACAUUCUAGAGGGUAAAAUUGAAAGAUAUCAAAUGGCAUUACAAGAUGGCCAAGAAGCUGAUCUCUGUGUAUUCCAAGAAUGUUCCACCUAUUUCCAAUUCAAUUUUAAUUUGAGAGAAUACUAUGAUGAUAUCAGAUCUAUUCAUGGUGCCCAGGCAGCACGUUCCAAGCUAAAGAGCAUUUACACUUGUUGUUUGUUCUAUGAAAUUAUGAGUUUGGGACAUUAUGUUCCCAAUCUCUUUCAAGAUCAAGCAAGAAUACAUCCUUGCUCACUUUCUUCAGAGAAUAGCACUCGAGUACCACUUGCUACUCUACUAUUUGCCACUCUCAAUGAUUGCUAUCCUUGGGAGGAUCUAGAGGAUUUAGAUUACUGUAAUAUUUCUCCAAACUUUGAUGGUCCUGCUUGUUUGUGGUUAUCGAGUGAUAAAUUCAUGGAAAUUAUAGAGUCAAUCUAUUUCGACUUUGAGGAGAAGGAAUUUAAUCAAUUAGAGAAGGAAACAUUCAAGGCAUUUGGUAGAAUUGAUGGUCAAAAGAAGGAAACAUUCAAGGCAUUUGGUAGAAUUGAUGGUCAAAGUCCGUUCUUUUACUUUGAUGCCGGAGGAGUAAUUGAAGAGGUUAUACACAAUGUAAGCUUUGAAAUUGUUCAGCCUCAAUCUGCUUCUUCUUUAUUGGAUGCCAUCGAUGAGGAGGGAAAGAAGAGCAUUGUGAAGGUAACGAGGCAGGAAGCAAGAAGUUUUUUUUGA